AUGGAAAAUAACAGUAACAAUAAUCGAACAUCAUCUAAUGUAAAUUCAUCAUCAACAACAAAUUCAAGUACAACAACAUUAAAUUCAACUUCAAUGGUAUCUUCAUCAGCAUCAACACCAUCAUCCGGUUCAACAGCAACGAUUCGACAAAGUCAUAAACGAACUUUUGCUGAAUCAGAUUCAUCAUCCCGAACUGAACGACAUUUAUGUUCAUUUUCUCAUUUGUGGAUUAUUAAUUAUCUAUCGUCAUAUAUCGAGGAUUCAAAUUUUACUUGUCUUCAAUCGGAAACAUUUUCACCUGUUAAUACUCCUUAUUCAAAUACUCGUUGGAGUUUAAAAUUAUAUCCUCGUGGUUUAAAUGAAAAACAACAUACAAAUAAUAAUAUUGCAAUAUUUCUCAAAUAUGUUAGUGGUACAAUGCCAACAAUAAAAGCUAAAGCAGAAUUUAGUGUUGUUAGUCGAAAUAAUGAACUUGUUAUGUUACGUUCUACAAAUUUUCAUACAUUUUCAUCAGGAAAUGAUUGGGGUUAUUCAGAAUUUCUCGAUGGAAAUUAUUUAAAUUCUCGACGUACUGAUCUUUUAACGGAUGAUCGUCUUCGUGUUUAUGUUCGUGUAAUAUUAGUCGAUGAAAAAGAAACUACAACAGGUGAUAUAUUUCAUUCAUCUCAUCACUAUCAUCACCAUCACCACCAUCAUCAUCAUCAUCAUGCAUCACCAAUUUUACCUUCUCCAUUACCUCCACAUCCCAUUCAACAACAACAAAUAAGUACUAUUCAAAAAACUCAAGCAUCAACAUCAUCAUCAUUGGCAUCAUCAUCAUCAACAACAUCAAUAAUAAGUUCUAAUUCAUCGAAUGCAUCAUCUACAUCUUCAAUAGCUGUAUCUGGUUUAUUUAAUGAUGAUAAAGAACGUUUUAAAUCAUUAGAACUUUUAUCAAAUCAAAUAAAAGCACUUUUAGAUGAUGAACGUUUUACUGAUGUACAUAUUCAUGUUAUACCUAAACAACAACAACAUAUGAAUGAUGAUCAUCGAAGAUCAAAUCGAUUUAAACGAUCACUUAUGAAACAACAGCAUCCAUCAUGUUCAUCAUGUCAUUGCACAUCAGAAAAAAUAAAAUCUAUUUUAACAAAUAAUGAACGAGUAUUUGAUCAUCAUCAUGAACAGUCAUCAUCAGUUAUUUCUAAAGAUUCUGAAUCAAAUACUAUCGCAAAUGAUUCUCGUUCAUAUCAAACUUCGUUAACACGUCGAGCAACACGUUCAACAACAUCAUUACUUUCACGUAUGGCUCAAAGUUCAUCUGAAAUCAAUCAUUCCUUUUCCAAUUAUUCUACAUCAUCUUCUCAUGAAUCUUCAUCAGACAUUUGUUCAUCGUCUUCCAUAUUAUCAUUAAAUUCAAAACGUUGUUUAUGUAUAUGUCAUAAUCAAGAUAAUAAUGAUCUAGACAUUACAUAUGAUAUUCAACAAUCUCAUAUAAAAUAUUCUAAUAUAACACCAUUAGCUACAUUUCAUGCACAUAAAGCUAUAUUAAUAGCACGUUCAUUAUCAUUUGCUAGUCAAAUACGUUUAAAUAAUCUCAAUGGAUCAAAUCAUAAUUUAAAAUCACCUCCAAUUAAUUUAUAUAUUGAUGAUCUUGAACCAUCAACUGUUCGAGCUAUGCUUAUUUAUAUAUAUACAGGUCGUUUACCAACAUCAAAUGAUGAAAUACAUAAUAAUUUAAAUCCAAUUGAUUUAUUUCGUGCUGCUGUUAAACAUGAUUUAAAUGAAUUACGUGAUUUAACUAAAUCUGUUAUGUUAGAUGUAUUAAAAAUAGAUAAUUGUAUUGAAAUGCUUGAAGUUAGUGAUCAAGCAAAUGAUAUAUUACUUAAACAACAAGUUUUAGCAUUUAUACGUUCAAAUGCAUCAGCUGUAUCUAAAACCGCUAAUUGGUUAAAUUUUACUAAACAUAAUCCACAUUUAAUAAUUGAUGCAUUUCGUUCACUUGUAACACCAACAAUAACAAAUACAACAAUAACGAAGCAUAAUAAUAAUAAUAAUAAUAAUUUAAAUCAUUAUCAUCAUUCAACGUCAUUAACAACAACAACAACAAGUAAAUAUUCAAAAUAUGAUUGA